AUGGAAGUCCACUCCUCGGAGCCGGCUACAGAGCCGGUCCGAUUCCGCACUGGCAAAAAACGAAAAGCCUAUCGUCAACGCGUCCAGGAAGAUGACGCCUCUGUCACAGAAACAAUAUCAUCACAUCCUACUGCGUCUGCAUCAGAACCCAGUCACGAACUCACCCGAAAGGCCUCAUCAGAUCGCGCCCAAGAUGAAGAAGAAUCUGUUGCUGCUGCGCUCAAGCUGCGCAAUGCGCGAAGAGCCCGACUUGGAGGCGUCGCAUUUCGAAACACAAACCGCCCAGACGACGAUAUGAACAACGAGCGUGCUCUUAUUCCACACGACGCAGAUGAUGCUUCAAAUAACGAACCCAUCAUGAAAGGAGUUGCGGAUAGAUUUACCCACCAGACGGGAAGACUUACAGAUCUUAAUGACAAGCAUAUGAUGGAUUACAUAGAAUCCCGAUUAUAUAAUCGCGCGGGCGGAAACACCUCACAUAAUACUUUAUCAGCGUCUGCAUCAGACCCAGCUAGGCAACCUUCUGCAACAACAGCAAACCACGAGAGUGGACGUGCAGUAAUGCAAGGCCAGUUGAUGGAGAUCAGUCUCGAAGACCACUCUGCUCGAAGUGAGAACGCUCUUCAAGCAGAUAGUGCUACAGACGGCGGACCAAGAGCCAAGAAGCCUAGACUUAGAAGGAAUGGCACGCCAUGGCGUCCGCGAAACCGUCGAGAUAGUGACGCCCUCAAACGAGAUCAGAUCGUUGACGAGAUCCUUCAUGAAACAAGACGACAAAACAGCCACAAUGCAGUUGCCGAUCAGGAUGGUGCCGCUGAUGCGCGGCUCGCCGAGGAGUUCCGACAGCAAUUCCUUGAGGAUGUAGCAGAACGACAGCUUCGCAAAAAGAAGGCAACGAACCAAACAACGCGCGCCGGUACGGAGGAAGUACUCAAAGGCCCUAAACUCGGCGGCAGCCGUAACGCCAGAGCUCAGAUGAGAGACCUUUUAUUGAAGAAAGAGAAGGAAGGAAAGAAGUAG